UUUCACUUUCUAGCUAUUAGAUGGAGUUCGUAUAGUGUAUGCAGCAGUAUCUGUAUUUGGUCGCAUUCUGACAAAACCAUUCAAUACCUUUUAGUUCUUUUAGUUUUGGAACUUGAAAUAAAGAUCGAAAUUAUUUUCCUAGUAGUCAUAAUUACAAACAGGUAAUAAUAAACAACAGCGUAAUGGACAUUAUAAAGGACGUUCUUUGUAGACUGUUGGUGUUGACAGAUUCCAGUAGAAAUUUCUAUAUGCCAACCUCCACAAAUCUUCGACUGUUGCCUUUUAACGCCUCUUCUGUAUCCGAUCUCUGUCUCACACCCUUAUGUGUUAAAGAAGAUUUAAAUCUUGCUAUUGACCUGCCAGAGAACAAAGAUCUUUUACUGUCUUCGCUCAAUGCAUCCGAGACAUGUAAGACACCGUUAUGCGUAAAAGCAGCUGCCGACAUCCUAUCAUUUAUAGAUGAGACUGUGGAUCCUUGUGAUGAUUUCUACAAAUUCUCCUGCGGUAGUUGGAUAAAGAGACAGGACACUGAUGGCCAAAAUGCUGUUAAAAGUCUUGGUAACGUAACAAAGCACAUAAUGAGAGUUAUGGUAGAAAGGAAGCUAGACGGAGACCAACGUGAUUUCAUUCGUCAGAUGAAAACAUUUUACGAAUCCUGUAUAAAUGAAAAGAGCAUUAAGGAAGCAAGCAUAAAACCGCUAAUGGAAAUUCUAGAGGAUAUCGGUGGUUGGCCAGUAAUUGAAGGCGAAAACUGGAAUUCCAAUUUCUUUGACUGGAUUGAUGUUCGUAAUCGACUACCUGGUGUAGAUGCGCAAUAUAAUUUCCCGACGUUAUCUGUUGUUGAGGAUCCUAGAAACAAUUCGUUUCAAAUCUUAGAGUUGAGCAAAAGGCCAUGGUGGGAACUCGAAAAUAGGUUUUUAAACAAUGGUCCAGACCAUUACGAAACAGUUGAGUACUUCAAAUUAAUGACAGAAACUGCCAAAACCCUUGGUGCAAAUGAAUCUACUUCGCAGAAUGAACUCAAGGAAGUUCUCGAUUUCGAAAUAAGGCUUAUUAAUAUUUAA